AAUAUGAUGGGGUACGUACAUUUGAUCUUCCUAUCUACCUUCCUCUCGGUUUCCAUGACAUCUGAAACAUUUGAUGCAAUGGAAGGUGAGGCUUUAGUUAUAAAAUGUCCCCAGUGGAGUUCAUCUGUGAAAGUCACCUGGUAUCACACAGAUACUAACAAAAUAAUUCCUGCAGAAGAAGAGGGAUCACAAAUAUUUUCCUUAAAACGAUUUCUUUGGUUUCUGCCAACGUCUAGAGAGAAUUCUGGAAACUACACUUGUGUUAUACAUUUUUCAAAUAAUCGCACAAAGUCAUUCAACAUGAGUGUGCAGGUGCAUCCAUACAAGCAAGGAGUAUGCUUCCCAAGUCAGAUCCGUUACCCAAAUGACACUGGAAGAGGAAAAAUUGUUUGUCCUACCAUUGACAAUUAUAAGAAUGCUACUAUCAUCCAGUGGUAUAAGGACUGCAAACCUCUUCAGGGACAGAGAUACUUCAAGGGAGAAAAAUAUGUUUUUAUUAACAACCCAAGAAAGGAGGAUGAUGGUUAUUAUACUUGUCAAUUUCUCUACACUCACAAAGGAAAGGUGUUUAAUGUAUCAGCAACAAGGAUUUUCAUAAGUAAGGCAAAACACUCACCUCUACCUCCUCAAAUUUUAUUUCCAAAGGAUAAAGAUGUAAUAAAAGUGGAGCUUGGUGCUGCUUUGUCUCUGAAGUGUCAGGCCCGUCUGGGGAUUAAGAAACAGCCGAUUGCUGUUGUCACAUGGGAUGUGGAUAACGUUCCAGUGAAAUACUUAGGUUUUUCAAGAUUUCAUGAAAAAACUCAUUUUUUUGAAGGACGUGAGCAAGAAUAUUACAGAGAGAGCACUUUGCAUAUUACUGAAAUAAAAGAGGAGGAUCUGCAGGCAAAUUUCACGUGUGUAGCAGUGAACGAAAUGCACAACACAAGGGCCACGGUGACUUUACAACUCAAAGCGCAACGUGAGGGUAGGAUUU